AUGAAGAGAAAGCGGGAGGCCAAGGCUUCGGUUGUGGACCCGGAGGUCCCUGCGGCGACCAGACCGAAGACGAAAGCGACGCCGACGCCGACACCAACAACUUCAAAAACUCCGACUUCCAUCCUAAAGAUGAAGUCUUCGCUUAAGAGCACCACCUCUUCUUCUACUGCCGCUAACGUGGCUUCGACCAGACGGAAAGACAAGACGCCGAAAAGUGCGAAGACGGCAGCCGUGGCAGCGUCAGCACCCGCUCCAGCAACAGCAACGGCAUCCGCCAACUCGGUCGUGGCGCUCGGCGAUGCACCGGCAGCGCUCCAGAUCGUGGCCGGCUCUUACGACCGCACGCUGCACGGCGUCGUGGCCACGGUGACUCCGGCGGGUGUGAGGUUCACCGACACGUUUUUGUUCAACGCACACUCGUCGGCCAUCCGCUGCCUCGCCCUCUCGCCGCCGUCGGCACCCAUCCCGGGCCAGGGCCAGAAGAUCAUGCUUGCCACCGGCAGCACCGACGAACGCAUCAACAUCUACAACCUGUCGGCCCAUGCACCGGCUGACGCCUCGGGUCUUGGCGCGUCCGACGAAGAACGGGCCAUCAUGGCGGCUGUCACCAGCCGGCCAGUCAUGCCGAUUGCUGAGAACGCCAAGAACCGUGAGCUGGGCACGCUGCUGCACCACGCGUCCUCCAUUACCAAGCUCUCGUUCCCGACACGGUCCAAGCUGCUCUCGGCGUCCGAGGACUCGACGAUUGCCGUGACGCGCACGCGCGACUGGUCGCUGCUGUCGAUGAUCAAGGCGCCCGUGCCCAAGGAGGGCAUGGGCGGUGGCCUGCGGCGGCCCAGCGGUGACACGGCACCCCCAGGCGGCGCGCCGUCGGGUGUCAACGACUUUGCCGUGCACCCGAGCAUGAAGGUCAUGAUCAGCGUGAGCCGCGGCGAGCGCAGCAUGCGGCUGUGGAACCUGGUGACGGGCAAGAAGGCGGGUGUGCUCAACUUUAGCAAGGAUUUGUUGAGAGAGCUGGGCGAGGGCCGCUUUGCGACGGGCGAGGGCCGGCAGGUUGUCUGGGGCCGGACGUUUGGCUGUGGGAGUGCAGACGCAGAUGCCGAUGCCGACGACGGGACGGACGAAUACGCUAUUGGCUUUGACCGUAACGUCGUCGUAUUUGGCAUGGACAGUCUGCCACGGUGCAAGGUGCUGAGCGACGCACUCACAAAGACGCAUGAUUUCUGCUACGUGGAGGUUGGAGACGACCCAGACGCGCCCGCCGCGGACAAAGCGGGCCUGUUUUCGCUCCUGGCCGUGGCCACCGAGGACGGACGCAUUUUGCUCUGUUCCACGCGCAACGAGGACUUGGUGGCCGCUCCUGCGUCUGCUACGCCAGGCAAUGACAAAAAGGCGGCUACGGCUGCUGCUCCGCUGCCCUCGGGACGUCUGAUCGGCCAGCUUGGUGGCAACGCGACGGGCGUCACGGGCCGAGUCAAGGCGUUCAAGAUCCUACCUGUCCUGGAGCCCGUAGAUGGGGCCGCCAAGGGCGACAAGAAGCGACUACAAAAGGCCUGGUACGUUGUGUCGGCGACGAGCACGGGCAUGCUGCGCGUGUGGAAGAUUACGGGCCAGGAGCUGCGCCGCGCCUACAAGAACAGCACGGCCAUCAGCGCCAGCGGUAGCCCGUUGGCGGCAAAGCCCAAGCAGCUGGGUACGUUGCUCGGCGCGUACCAGACGCCGGACCGCAUCACCUGCGUGGAGGCCUUUGUGAUGAUUCCUCGGCCAGACGGUGUUGAGGACAGUGACGUGGAAGACGAUGACGAGGAGGAGGAGGAGGACGACGACGACGAGUAG